CUAGUUGUGUUGGUUCUGCUUUCUGGAGUGCGCGCUCCACACACUCGCGGUCACAACACACUGUACACGGAUGUCCGCGCGGGCACGAAGCGUACGUGUGCACCCUCUGACGAAAUUUACGUUAGGCGGACCCUGGCGGACCCUCGCGGACGCGGAAAGUAUAAUUUCAGCUGUACGAAGUGACAACUUACGAUGGCGAGCCCUCUUCAUGUGUCUGUGCCCCGCGCUUCCCGCCUCUCCGCACGGAGGCGACUGUCGCUGGGCUGAGCUCGGAGCCGUUUUCAUUUCCCUCUCCCUGGACAAGCCGAGCCGAGCCGCCAAACUCCUGCGGGGGUUGCUUGACUAUUCAAGGACAUUUUAGCGUUACCAUAGCUACCUUGGCCUUUUCCUGCCGAUUGAGGAAACCCAGCGUGUGGUUGUCCGGCGCAAUGAUGUGGUCACAUUUAGUAAACAAGAGCAGAAGCUGCGGUUGAUAUCAUGUAACACACUCCUGACAGGCUGAUGAUGAUAUUUCUCUACGGAUCAUCUUUGCUUGUCGUACCCGCACCCCCUUCCUCCGCUGAAGGGCCAAAACAGACAGCCGGCGACGUAAAGGAAACCAGCUGCUGACUUCAGAUGCGCUCAGUCUCAAUUAUGGCAUCGUUCCUAUAGACCUCAUCAAGUCCACCGCGGUUUACUGGUGUAAGAGGUGACCCCCCCCCCCACCCCCCCACCCCAAAACGCUGAGAGAGGCGGAUGAACUUUGAUUUGCUGGAGUGCUGGAGCGCAGCGAGGCCAGAGGUGCAUCAGCUCCAGGAACCAUCAAUGUGGACUUCAGCUGGUGAUUUGACAAGUCACAUAUAGAGCCCCGGAGCCUCUCCUGUCCCCUCUCUCCUCCUCCCUUCCCUCUGCCCCUCCCUCCCCCUUUCCCUUGUCAAUCUUCUCCCUGGUCCCCCUUUCCCCCCUCAUCCAAGAUUCACCAUGCUCAUCAAGGAGUACCGCAUCCCCAUGCCCAUGAGUGUGGAGGAGUACCGCAUCGCCCAGCUCUAUAUGAUCCAGAAAAAGAGCAGAGAAGAGAGCUGUGGCGAAGGAAGCGGGGUGGAGAUCUUAGAAAAUAAGCCCUACACAGAUGGACCGGGUGGGACGGGCCAGUACACCCACAAGGUCUACCACAUUGGCAUGCACAUUCCCAGCUGGUUCCGCUCCAUCUUGCCCAAAGCGGCACUGAGGGUUGAAGAGGAGUCCUGGAACGCCUACCCUUACACCCGCACCAGAUACACUUGUCCCUUUGUUGAGAAGUUCUCCAUUGACAUUGAGACGUACUACAAACCAGACACCGGCAACCAAGCAGAUGUCUUCAACAUGUCUGCAGCAGAAAAGAGGCAAAGGACAAUCGACCCAAUCGACAUAGUGACAGAUCCCAUUCCCCCACAUGAGUACAAAGCAGAGGAGGACACGCAGCUCUACAAGUCAGUCAAGACUCAGAGGGGUCCUCUGCGGGAUGACUGGAUAGAGGAGUACAAUAAUAACCCCGGGAAGCACCCUAUCAUGUGUGCCUACAAACUGUGCAAGGUGGAGUUCCGCUACUGGGGCAUGCAGUCGAAGAUUGAACGAUUCAUCCAUGACGUUGGACUGAGAAAGGUGAUGGCGCGAGCCCACCGGCAGGCCUGGUGCUGGCAGGAUGAGUGGUACGGUUUGACCAUGGAGGACAUCAGGCAGCUGGAGCUGGAAACCCAGUUGGCCCUGGCCACGAAGAUGGCUCAGUUCAGCCAAGCGGAGGAGGCCACCGAGGCCAAUGGAGGUGCCCUGUCUCCAGACAAAGAACAAGAGGCUAAAGAGGCGAUCAACUCCAUCGAAGCUGAGGAGGUGGUUGUUGUCAGCUCAGGAGGAGAGACUCUCCAGCCACGAGGCGUACUCACCAAGCAGUGGUCCACCUCAUCACGGUCCUCCCGCUCAUCCAAGAGAGGAGUGAGCCCAUCACGUCACAGCAUCUCUGAGUGGAGGAUGCAGAGCAUAGCAAGAGACUCAGAAGACAGCUCGGACGAGGAGUUCUUCGACGCGCAUGAGGACCUCUCAGACGGCGAGGAGGUCUUUCCAAAGGAGAUGACCAAGUGGAACUCCAAUGACCUCAUGGACAAGAUUGAAGCUGCAGACACAGAAGAAACUCCUGGUGAGCUGUUCAAGGAAAUGACGGUGGAUUAUAAGAGAGAAACCAGUGAAGAAAGACUAGACGAGGAGAGCUCAUCCCAGCAGUGUCUGCAGCCGUCCAAGAUCCAUGUGCUGAUCUUGGUUCUGCACGGAGGGAACAUCCUGGACACAGGCGGAGGGGACCAGAACAGCAAGCAGGCCGAUGUCAACACGAUCAGUACGGCUUUUGACACAGUCAUGCGUGUUCAUUACCCCGCUGCGCUAGGACGCAUCGCCAUCCGCUUGGUACCCUGCCCUGCCAUCUGUGCCGAGGCCUUCUCCCUGGUGUCCAAUCUGAGCCCAUACAGCUACGAUGAGAGCUGUCUGUCCAGCAGCCAGGACCACAUCCCGCUGGCAGCUCUGCCCCUGCUGGCCACCUCUGCUCCGCAGUAUCAGGAGGCCGUGGCGACAGUCAUUGUCAGAGCAAACCAGGUGUACACCGACUUCAUUAAGUCUCUGGAUGGAGCUGCUUUCUCUGGCCAGGUUUGCCUCAUUGGGGACUGUGUCGGAGGAAUUUUAGGGUUUGAUGCACUGUGCAGUAGCAAUCAGACAGUCAAUGAAAGUCAAAACAGCAGCCGUAGAGGCAGUGUCAUCAGCGUUCAGGACCAGGACCUCCUCUCUCCAGGCAUCAUUGUCAAUAGCGGGCACGGGUCAGCAUCUCCGACCCUGGAGGGCAGCCGCCACCUCAGCCGCAGUAACAUUGACAUCCCUCGCACCAGUGCAGGUGACGACACCAAAAGACAACUGCCACGCAAGAGAAGUGACUCCUCAACCUACGAACUGGACACCAUAAAACAGCACCAGGCCUUCCUGUCCAGCUUACACUCCAGUGUGUUGCGGAGUGACGCAGCCUCACGCAGGUCGAGCAGCAGCACUAUGCUGGAUGGAGGCUCCCUGGGGAAGUUUGACUUUGAAGUGUCUGACUUUUUCUUGUUCGGCUCUCCGCUGGGUUUGGUGCUCGCCCUGAGAAAGACUGUCAUUCCUAUGCUGGAUGUGGCCCAGCUGCGGCCCGCCUGUCAGCAGGUUUAUAACCUGUUCCACCCAGCCGAUCCCUCCGCCUCCCGCCUGGAGCCUCUCCUGGAGAGGAAAUUUCACCUCCUGCCUCCAUUCAACGUGCCCCGUUACCAACGCUUCCCUCUGGGAGAUGGAAACUCAGCUCUACUGGUGGAGACAGUCCAGAGCAACGCUCAGCUGCUACUUGACAGCGGGCCUCCCCUGUAUCUUCGCUGUCAGGAGACCAUCAGUGAGACCUGCAUCCCUGUGCCUGUGCUAAACUGGCAGGAGGGCUCCCUCAAAGCCACACCCGCCACUAUGGAGUCGGAUGUUGUUCAGUCUCAUGGUGGUGUCUUCAUGGACAGUUCGUACCCCUCAUCCCCUGUAACGGGCCCCCUCUCCCGGGGCCAGCGGAGGGCCAGUGAGGUCAGCAUUGCCAGCCAGGUCUCAGGAAUGGCAGACAGUUACACUGCCACCAACAUAGCCAACACCAUAUCAUGCCAAAUUAACCAAUCCAAAAAGUUCAGCCUUUUGUCCCAACUCGCCCUAUCGUCACAAAACAAAUUCUUCCUGAAAAGUCCUCCUAAAAGCCGUAAGAAAGCAGUGGCUAACCAGGCUGCAGGAUUUCCCGCUGCAAAUCUAGUGGCAGAGCUGGACUCUGAGGCAGAAACAUGUGAUGGUCUAAGUCCCACUGGCCAGUAUGAGAACUGCCUGUCAGCGGGGCUGGACUCUGCUAUAUGUGAUCUGAUCUCACUGGACUCCCAGGCUGAAGUAGAGCAAGUUGCAGCACGUUGGUGGGGCACUAAGCGACUGGACUUUGCCCUCUACUGCCCCGAUGCUCUGACCGCUUUCCCAACAGUGGCUCUACCACACCUCUUCCACGCAUCCUACUGGGAGUCCACUGAUGUUGUGUCUUUUCUCCUGAGACAGGUCAUGAGGCACGAAAACUCAAGCAUCCUAGAGCUCGAUGGGAAAGAAGUGUCUGAAUUCACUCCCUCCAAGCCUCGGGAGAAGUGGCUCCGCAAGAGGACUCAUGUGAAGAUCAGGAACGUGACUGCCAACCACCGUGUAAAUGACGCUGUGUUCACAGAAGACAGUCAGCAGGUCGUGAUGGGUCGCUUCAUGUACGGCCCUCUGGACAUGGUCACUUUGACCGGGGAAAAGGUUGACCUUCACAUCAUGACCCAGCCUCCAUCAGGAGAAUGGGUGUGCUUCAGCACAGAGGUAACCAACAGUAGUGGCCGUGUGUCUUUUACCAUCCCAGAGGACAAGCGUCUGGGCAUCGGAGUCUACCCAGUCAAAAUGGUUGUCAGAGGUGACCACACAUUUGCUGACAGCUACCUCACGGUUAUCCCUCGAGGCACAGAGUUUGUGGUAUUUAGCAUUGAUGGGUCAUUUGCUGCCAGUGUGUCAAUCAUGGGCAGUGACCCUAAAGUGCGGGCAGGAGCUGUGGACGUCGUCAGGCACUGGCAGGAUUUAGGCUAUUUGAUCAUCUAUGUAACGGGACGUCCAGACAUGCAGAAGCAGCGGGUAGUGGCUUGGUUGUCUCAGCACAACUUCCCUCAUGGCAUUGUCUCCUUCUGUGAUGGUCUCGUCCAUGACCCGCUCAGACACAAAGCCAACUUCCUCAAGUCCUUGACAGAGGCUCACUUGAAGAUUUUUGCUGGCUACGGAUCAACCAAAGACAUCUCCGUCUACACCGCCAUCGGCCUACCUCCCUCCCAAAUAUACAUUGUCGGUAGACCCUCCAAGAAGAUGCAGCACCAGUGUCAGUUCAUCACAGAGGGAUAUGCAGCUCAUUUGUCUCAGCUGGAGUACAACCAUCGCUCUCGGCCAGCCAAGUCCACCAGUGCACGCAUGGUGCUCCGUAAAGGCAGCUUCGGCUUGGGUGCAAACGGCGACUUCCUGAGGAAAAGGAACCACCUGCUGCGCACCAUCUCCUCCCAGCCAGCCCCCAGCUCCCCAACAGGCAACAUCCACAAACCAAGACCAGAGCGCACGCAGAGCCAAUCAGACAGCGAACGGCUGGAGCGGGAGCGGCUGGAGCGCACUCACAGCCAUACCCAGGGAGCGACCCAGCGCAGCAUGAGCAUCACGGCGAGCUGCUGGGGCCGCAGCAGCAGCACAAAGCUGGAACCAGGAGUUUUCAGCCCCAAGUGAGAUUGGAGAGACAUUGUGAAAUACCUUCUGAGGAGUGACAGGUGACACAAGUUAAUGCAAAGAGUGAAAAACAGUUUGCUUGCACCAGAUGGGUAAAUACCACAAUGAAAACAACAGGUGCUACAAACCACUCUUCAUGAAAACAACACCAGUCACACUCAACAUUUAUGGACAGAGUCUACGGCUACAUUUAGUUUAAAACACAAAACUUAACAGGCAUUUUAAGAUGCAUUUUCCCAAAGCAGGAACAUGCAAACACAACACAGACAGACGUAGCUAAUAUUGUAUGUUGUACUGUUUCUUACUGUUUAUUAAAUAUUUAUCAGUCUUGAAUACAAGUCAGUUAGUCGGUUUUCCUCUUACAGUAGGCUUCUAGAUUGGAUCGGUUACACAUAUAAGAACCCCCAUACUGUAUGCGUCAGUGAACAAAACAAAGUGGUUACAGUAAGCCUUUUAUCAGGUCCAUGUGCUGAUACUGCACUGUAACUGACUACUGUGGCCACAUCAAGCACAACUAUUACUAUAAACAUAAACUUUUUUGUGUAAUAGAUUUCAAGCUAUACGUCCUGUUUGCGUGAUAAUCUGAUGUUCAAGGUUUUUUUAAAGAUGAUUAUUAUUUUUUGCUUUUUUUGCUUUUAUUGCAUAGUGGGCAGUGAAGAGGCAGACAGGAAACAAUGGGAAAGCGAUGGGUAUGACAUGCAGCAACAGCUGGAAUCAAACCAGGGACGUUGUAGUAAUGUGGUGUGUGCAGUAACCAUUUGGCCACCAGACCGCACCCGGAUAAUCUAGUCUGAGAGCAGAAUGAAAAUCAGGUAAAACUGGAUUGAAUGUGUUCGUUUUCAGGGUGCGGCCAAACAAACAGAAACAUUUAGCCAAAAAUGAAUCUUGUCAACAUUUUUUAGGAAAAUCAUUGUAAUUUAUCAGUAAUAUAAAUCAAAGUUAGGGUGAUUUAUAAACCAACUUGAAGCGAUUUGAUCAAGAACUCGUACUGCUUUUAGCUUUUCUCAAAAGAGCAAUGACAACAUUUUGCUAACAUUUUCAAGCUGAUUACCAAACCACACAGUUCAGUUUUGCUUCUUUUCUAGUCUUCCCUCAGGCCAAAGAACCAUCCAAAUAUCCCAUCAAGGAAAAAAUUUCCCUUUAACUAUGGUUGCAGCUGAAACUGGUUUUUAUAGCAUUUCACCACAUCUCACCAGACUGCGCUGCUGCACCUUCCUGAAUGAGUAACGUAUGAUGCCACUUUAGGGAAAACUCCUGCUACUGUACGGUUAAUGUGCCAAAGUAAAAAGUACAGAGACUGAUAUGCUGUACGUGAACAGAGAGGACACGAUUUGGGUCUCCUGUGUAAAAAUGGAGUAGAGCAUGUAAGUAUGUAGUUGAAUGCCUUAAUAAGGUUUAUGUAUAUAAUUGUUAUAUUACAGUGCAGAUCUGGUAUCUGGUCCAGUGAAGACCAGCUUCAAGUGUCUUCUUUACUCCGGGGUUAAACACCACCUCAUUCAGGAUACACUUUAUUGAUUAAUGAUGAUUAUUACUGUUAUUUAAGAUUAUAGAUAUUUUAAAAAUGUAUUUUAAUGUAUUUUUUAUGUAUGUUUUAAGAUUACUUUAGCUACAUUGUGUUUUGUUUUUGUUUUUUUCCUCCUUCAAACUUCAGUUGCAGCAGCCAAAACUUGAGAGGUCUUUGCCUGGCACAGUAUUGUAUUUUUAUUAUUGUAUCACGCAGAUCACCAGAAUUGUAUCAACAGAACUGCUAUCUUGUGUCAUAUAUUGUACGUUUGUUAUAUCUAUUUUGGAAGUUUGGGAUAUGGCUUCUCUCUGGUUAUCCCUACGCUGUAAAUGAGGUGUUGAAUGGGCUCAUAGAUAAUCCUUGUUAAGUUAAGGUCUCUUUCUCUGUUUUUCUGCACCUUUUAGAGGAAGAAAAAAAAAUCAGCAAAUUGUAAAUUCUGUACAAUAAGCUGUCAGAAGUAGGAACACACAGCUAAGACUUGCUUUAUGCUGUUGGCCAGCUAUUUCUGAAAUGGGUAAAACUUUGUGGUUUAUUCAUUCAAAUGAUGUGUCUUUGUCCCUCGAGUAGGCAUGUACAGAGCUGACUGCAAUGGACCAAUAUGGGCUCAAACGGAAGGGGAAACGUGCAAUAUUUUACUCAACCGCACCACCAGAUCAAACAGACUGUUGAGGAAAUGUCACAGUGCAUUGACAAUCAGUUCAAACAGGCACAUAUUCUACAGACAUCAAAUUUGCAGAGCGUACCUGAACGCGUCACGGCACUCAACAAACAUUUGUAAAGUAUCUAAAAGUUGAGACUUGUCAUGAGAAAAGAAGUGCCACGGACCUGAUAACGGAUAAUAGUACAGUAGGUUUCCUCCUGUGGAUAGACAUGCUCAGUCUUAACUGUUUUUCAAUGUUUCCAUUCCAGCACAUGCAGGUCUAGUAGAAUCCACUCAACAGUUAAAAGUGACCCAGAAAUUUACACGUCAGCCCUGCAAUAAAUCCUACCUUAAUGAA